UUUGUGGAAAUUUGAGGGGGAAUAAGCGCGCCUUUUCCGUGCUGUAGGGAAUAGAAACAAUCUAAUGUUGCAUUUGGAUGUAAUCAUAUGGUAAUAUCAUGAUUUACUGGUUUGCAUGACUUGUCUAGUGAACUAUUUGUAUAUAAGACUGACUUAAAAGAGUGGCAUACAAAUUUCAAGACUUCCAAGAUAAAAAUCAGCUGAGAAUGACAGAAUCGGCGCAGUCCUACUUUCCAUCAAUUCCCCCCAGUGCACCAAAGGCAACUAUAUCAUAUUGCAGGUCUGUUCAAGAGGCGCCAUUUUCUGCACUGACAGGAGUGGUUGUGGAUGCUAGAAUUCCAGAGCGUCACCCAGUGACUCCACGAUGUCGAAUGAGGAAAAACGUGGGAAGUACAAACAGAUGGCGACUCCCAGAAUCCCUUGGGAGUGACCUGUUGGGAAGUUCCCAGGCUAUAAAAGCAGUCCAGAUGAGCUAUAAUAACAGUCUGGUCAAUAUCAUUACUGCUGAAAGCCCUGUUCUAAAUAUGAACCUUGAUGUAAGUAAACCAUACACUUUCCGUCAGAUUGAGGAUCGUCCAAUCACAGAGCCCGAAAGAAAACUGAGUCAGCAGAGGCUGUCUGUGGAUACCUUAGCUGUUCCAACCUCUGCCCCAUCAGUGAAGUUCAGAAAAAUACCUACUCCUCUUGGACCAAUCAAAAAGUAUGUACCAUCAAUUGCUAGACCAGCCACACCAAAGGACAUAUUUCUCUACCACUCCAAGAAAAGCCAGAGUCAGUUUGGACCAGGGUUUGUGGGACCAUUAUCCCAAUAUGAUGUGAUAUUAAAGUGCCUAAACAUGGACUGGGAACUUCAUAGGCCCUUCCUACAGAAGGCAGAAGUCCUAGCCAGCCUACUAAAGGAAGCAGAUGAUCCUAGAUUCCAGAAAUAUUACAGAAGUCCUGCUUCUGAAACACUGGACACGUACAUAAAGAAAAACAAGUUUUACAGCAAUGAUUACAAGGAAAUGAGUAACAGGUUGAGUCUGGUGGAAGAUCCAGAGGAGGAUGAAGUUAAAGGAGUGAAUCAUCCGGCCCAUGUUUCUGAGAAACGAGUCAACAAUGUCACCAUUAUAAAACUGGAUUGCAAGGACCCCCUUAUAACUAAGACAGCAAUGGCUGUUGCCUUGGGCAAUCUCUACCAUGAUGAUCUAGAAGUAGAGCUUGAAGAGGUUGCUAAUGUAUUGGCCUCGGCCUCAGUUCUCGGGUUCAAGGCACUUCAGGAUGCCUGUGGUAAAAUGAUGCUGGAAAACAUCAAUUACAGAACUGUGUGUAUAUAUCACCUGGCUGCCUCAAAGUAUCACCAAGAACAGGUGGUGUUAGCUUGUGAAAGAUGGCUGGAGCUGAAUCUUAUCCCUCAGUUGUCCUCUCAGAUCCAGCUACGAGAUGUCCCAAUGGAGCUUAUCCAGAAAACUCUCAAGUCAAACAGAUUGUUUACUUUCAACGAGUACAGUAUAUAUAGGCUGCUCUCUUAUUGGUUGUUCCUACAACUUAAUCCCCAUAUACAACUGAUGCCCUCGCACAGCACUGUACUCUCCUACUAUAACAGUUUACCUAAGAACUGUGCCCUUGUGGAGAAAGAUGAAGGUCAGAUGUAUGCCCCACUCUUCUCUGCUGUCAGACUGACAGGGAUCACUGACACCAAUCAUAUUCAGGAUAUGCAGAUCAUGAAUAUCUUGCCCCAGUCACAGUUGAUUGACCUUCUUUCCCAACACUACCAUGCACUUCAAAAUGGAGGUGAUAGUCCUACAGCAAAUAAAGACCAUUUUGCAACUUUGGCAAAAAGACAAGGUUUUACAAUGGACAGUUUUCUACAAGGUGGAGGAGAUAUGGGCUCUCUCAGAAACUUCAACGCUUACUCGGUUCGUCAGGGCUUCAUCAUAGACGAUGAGCCCCACUAUCACUCUGAAGUUCUCUCCCUUCAUGGCUUCCACUUUGAGCUGAAGGCCAUUAGAAGUAGUGCAGGACAUGUGUCGUUCUAUAUGCAGAGACUGCGACCUGGUGACCCCAUUUUGAGUUUCCGUCAGUGUGAGAGGCACACAUUCUCCAUGAGGCCAGACAGAGAGGUUCGUUACUGUAUUACGGUACAACAGUACAAUAAGGGGGAUAACUCUGUAAGGACCACAGGAAUUGUAAGCCAGAAAUUUGGACUUGGAGACAAAACAAGUAGAAGUGAGUGCUUAAAGAUGGAGAAGUUGGAUUGUCCAGUUUAUGUCACUUUUGCUGUGAUGUUCCCAUCUUCUUGAGAGUUGCUACAUAAUCUGAGAGAAAAAAAAAACUAAAAGUGUCUAGAAAUAUUUGCUCAAAUAUUGGUCCUUAAUUAAAGCUAGCUUCCAUUGCCUUUUAUCAAUACUCUUUCUAAGAAUUUAAAGUCAAAGUAUUUCUUUAUUUUUGUUUUCAUUCAUUGUUUUGAUUUAGUGUGGUCAUUUCCUGUUGCACGAAAAUGAAAUAUGAAUUUUAUUUUCACACUUACCUCCCUUUAUGUGCCAUUAUCAUCCGUGAUAAAUUGUUGUUUGUGUUGUUCCAGAUAUAUAUACAUAUAUAUAUAUAUUAUAUUAGUGCUUAUAUAUCCUGUUGUUGCAAGUGUUCAGUACAGUUCAACCUCAUUUGCUUGAUUCCAAGUAUUUUUUUUCUUUAUUGUACUGUAAGGUUGUGAUAAAAAAAAAAAAAAACAAAGCUUGUAAUAUUUGUGGUGAUUAAGAUGUAAUAUCGAAAGCUUGUUGUUUUUGAAAUAAGAUUAUUCAGUUGAGUGAGAUAUGAACAGCUGAAAUUUAUGCAAAGGUAAUUUUUUUUUAGGGCUGGUAGAUGAAGAAGUAUUAUUUAUAGUACCUGCCUGUUAAAAUAUGUUUCAAGACAUUUAGUGCCAAGUUUGCUUUAAUAAAUAUACAUAUUUUUUGUAUAAAUAUUUUAUGUAUAGAAGAAGCAUAGUACUCCACUUUUUGCCUCUAAAAAAAAAAGAUCUGUAAUACAUAUGUGUUGAUUUUCUCUCCAUUAUUUCUCCGUGACUGUAUAACGAGUUGAAUACAGUGUUCAUCAUUAGUAUAAUUCUGUGUUUAUGACUGUUUAUUGGUAAAUUGUUGUGUUCACACCGCCCACUCUGGAUAUGGUAUAUUGCUGGUGGCACAUCCUGUUGUUUGAGUCCGUGCUUUUUACACUUUGUUUUUCUUGGGAUAGGAGACAGUUUGUUCUUGUUUUAAAAUUUGUUAUAAAUUAUGUAGUAUGAUUUGUAUUUAUUUGUUGUUGAUGAGCUUGUACUUUGAGCAGUUAAAAUAUUUAAAUAAUAGCCAAAAGACUUCAUAUUUAUGGCCAAAUAAUUUACAGUUUUCAUGAGAAUUUUUUUUAAUUUCAGAUUUACAUAAUAUUUUUCUAAUGUACGAAACUUUUUAAAUAUA